AUGGGUCUGCUCAGAGUCGUCCCAUUUCUUUCCGUACUCUGCUGGCUUUUACCACUGCUGUGUUCCAUUACCAAAUGUGGUGGUUCUGAUGUUUAUGUGAAGUUCUUGAAGGCUCCCCAUGCAUUCUCUCACUUUAAGUCAGCAACAUUUUCUUUCCAAGUUCUUAACACUUCUAGUGAGAGCCCUUGCUCAAACUGCAUCCUCAUUUGCAAGCUGGAUGAUGAGCUCGCAUCAGUAUGUAAAAAAGGAAAAGUUAAAUACAGAACCUUGAGGGAUGGAAAUCACACUUUUGAACUUCUUGUCUAUGGUGCUGGCCAGGUCAUACCAUCCUCCUUUAGAAUUUUACAGCCAAAUCUCAUUUAUUCUCUUCUCGUUAGUCUCUCGUCUGCAGUUCAAUAUGGCCGGGCAAUCCUUGUAAUGGAUAGGAACUUCUGCACUGACUUUGCUGGCAACAGCUUCAUGAGAAUGCCAAAUUCUAGUGUUAAUAUACAUUUUGACAGGAGGAAAGUUUAUGUCAACAUCAGGACUAGUGUACCAGAAGAACUACUUCAACUUGACAGUGCAACAAGAACAAUACAAGCAACUAAUGACUUUGACAGGCUAAAGAUAUAUUUGUACUUCUCAGCUCCAGUUCUGAAUUCAUCUGCAGAAAUCUUGAAUUCUAUCAACAUUAGUCAGGGCUCACUUCUUCCAAAUAAUGCAAAAAGGCUUGGAGAUCGUAGAUUUGGAUUCAUGGUCAGUUGA